UCCGAUAUCCUCGCCGCCUUCGAUCAGGCGGUGGACGACGGCGUCGACGUCAUCUCCCUCUCCGUCGGAGCUAGCUACGCGCCUCCGUACGACAGCGAUUCGAUAGCGAUCGGAGCUUUCGCGGCGGCGAGGAAGGGGAUUGUGGUUUCCUGCUCGGCUGGGAAUUCCGGACCUGGAGCUUACACGGCGACGAACAUCGCUCCGUGGAUCUUGACCAUGGGAGCGUCCACCGUUGACCGUGAUUUCCCCGCCGAUGUCGUCCUCGGAGAUGGAAGCGUGCACGCUGGAGUUUCGCUCUACGGCGGGGACGGUCGGCCGGAGGGGGAACUUUUGCCUCUCGUUUACAGCGCCUAUUGCGGGAGCAGGUACUGCUAUUCCGGCUACCUCGACCCGGCGAAGGUGAAGGGGAAGAUCGUGCUGUGCGAUCGCUGCGGGAAUGCGAGAGUCGAGAAAGGAGCAUCCGUCAAGCUCGCCGGAGGUAUCGGGAUGAUCAUGGCGAACACGGAUCUGGAAGGGAACGAGCUUCUCGCCGACGCUCAUCUCAUCCCAGCGACAAUGGUUGGAGCGACGGAAGGGGAUAAAAUUCGCGCCUACAUUGAAUCGGCUGCGUCUCCAACAGCGACGAUUCAGUUCAGGGGAACUGUGAUUGGAGAAGGCACCUCACCGGCUCCCAAAGUGGCGUCGUUUUCCAGUCGGGGCCCGAAUCGGGUCACGCCGGAGAUCCUCAAGCCGGAUGUGAUUGCUCCCGGCGUCAACAUUUUGGCUGGCUGGACCGGCGCCGCUGCUCCAUCGGAUCUCGAGAUUGAUCCCAGAAGAGUUACUUUCAACAUCAUUUCAGGUAACAAUCUUACGAUUUUCACAUCCUCAGUAAAAAAAUUUGCAAUUGGAUAG